AAAUACAUCCCCCUCUCUCUACUAAAUAAUUUUUUUCUUCCAUUCACUCUCGAUUGAAUUUUUGACUGAAGAUUCUCUUCUUCGAUCUCUGAGCCUUUCAAUUCUUGUCAGAUUACAAGUCCCGUCAUGGAUCUUGGGUGCUUGGACUUGGGUUGCAUCUCUGUGUUGGAUAAGAAAUGUUCUGAGCCUGUUCUAGAUUCUGAGAACAAAGAAAGCAAUGCGAAUGACUCGGGAAGCUCAGCUUCAAAGGCCGGAAAGAACAAAUCCUUCAAAGAGGCAGGUCAAUCAACACUGAAUGCUCUUAACAAAUUUACAUCACAAAUUAAAAAGCCUCCCCAUCGAAGGAGUUCUCCCUUGAACUGGUUCCCUCGCAAAAAGGUUGAUUCGUACUUAAAGAGGAAAAUUAGAAUGCUGCAGGACGUAGAUGGGAUGAACUUGACUCUUGAUGAGACCCUUGGUGAUUCAAAUCCACACUACUCAAGAGUACUCAGAGAAAAAAUUGCUGCGAGAGAUGCUGCACACAAGGCAAUGGAGGCUCGAAAAGCUGCGUUGGUUGAAGCAUCCUGGUGUCGAAUUCUUCGGACAGCCAGGAUUCAAAGCAAAGAAGCAGAAGCAGAAGCCCUGCUGCUUAAAGCUGAGAAAACUGCUGCUGAAGCUUUUGAAGCAGCUACUGCUCUUGGAGUAAUCAUGUAUGACAUACCAAACUGCCCUAGGAAUCCAUGUCAAAUAGAAACAUCCUCUAUCCAUGGUGGGAGAUCAACCACUCAUACUGUUGCAGCAUCUUUUGAAACUGCUUUUGAUGUGGAUAAAAAAGUAUCCACUGCAGUCAAAGCAGCAUUCAUUAGGCUUGCACAUUGCCCUUCUUUUCAGAAAGAUGAAUUUAAGGAUCUGCUUUGGAAAAUCAGUCAGAAUCCAGAUGCAAAUUAUCAUAGUAAUCAGGAAAUUUCGGAAUUUUCUUCAGAAUGUGAGACAGAGUCUGGGUCAGAGUGCGAAACUAUAUCUCAAAAUGAUGAUCUUAGCUCUCAUGAUGUGGAUUUUAAGGUGCCAGCCCUAAAUGAGAGACGGCGAAAGUACAAGAAGAGAAGACAGUCUUUGGAAAAAUUAACUAUGACGAAGCUUGUGGAUAUGAUGCUUUUGAGGAUUAAGUGUUUGCAAGAAGAUGAACUUUCUUCUCUUGCCACUAUAGUAGCCACUUGUGGUUUAAAUACUGUCUUAGCUGAAGAAGAAAACUGCAAGCACCAUGAUGCCAAUCACUCCUCUGCUCCAGCUCUUAACUUUCCUCGACGAAUGUCUUCCUCUGGAGCAGGAUUAACCAAAAACCUAAACCUUGAGCGUAGUGUGGAUGGGCAGCAGGUAAGAAGGAAGCAAGUUGAGCCGGAACUCCCAAGCUUAGACAAGUUCUUGGUUAAGCACACAACAAAACUUGAAAGAGAGGUGCAAGAGGCAAAGAACAGCAGAAAGAAUCAAUUUAGGGAAGGAACUACUGAUAACAAAGGUCAAACUGAUGAUGGAAAGGCCAGUUUGGUUAAUAAUAGAACUGCAUCAGAGGCUAUUCCAGACUUGGCAAGUAUUCUCAUGAAGCAUUCAUCUAAGUUUGAGAGAGAGAUUAAAGAAGCAAAGAAGAAUUCAGAGAAAGAUUUUGAGAUGAAUCAUUACAAGAAGCCUGCCAGAGAAACAACUUCAUUUGAGGCAUUAUCUGACUCGGGAUGUGUAUUGAUAAAGCGUCCUUCAAAACUUGAAAAGGAAGUUGAAGAGAGAAGGAAUGAUGGUCAGUCUGUUGAACAAAAAUGGGGUAGAGCACAAAAUAGGUUAGUCAAUCGUAGAAAAGAAGAUAUUCCUGAAAUUCCUAGCCUGGAUAAGUUUCUGGUUAAACAUGUUUCAAAACUUGAAAAAGAGGUACAAGAAGCAAGGAACCACGGGAAAAUUGAUUCGGAAAGAGAAGUCAGUGCUAAUGAGUUGCUUGAAGUUGAUUCGUCUACUUUAGUCUCAGCAACUCAGAAGAAUGUGAACUCCUUUUCUGAUAUAGAAUUAGCAGGGAAAGAGAAUAUUGACUUAAAUAAGGAAGAGGGAAGAAAUGACAUUUCUAAAACGGAGAAUGAAGAAUGCACAAUGAACUUGCAGCUGCCAGGGGAAAAAGUUGAUCAGAAUCAAGAGGCAAUGCUUUCAACUCAGGCUGGAAAGAAUGAUGCAGGAGAUGGCCUAGAGAAUAUCUUGGUCAAACCAGUGCACAGAUUGAAAGCCUUGUCAAUGGAAAGUGAUCAUGGAAAUCACAGGCACCGAAAGAAAAAUGUAAGAGGAAAUACAGCCACUGACUGUGAGGGGUUGGACAAAAUUUUAGUGAAACAUGUUUCUAGGUUGCAGAAAGAGAAAAUGAGGUUCAACUCGAUGGAAGAAGAGAUUAAGGUGAAGCGGAAUGGCAAUGUCGUACAUUCACAGAUGAAUGAAGAAGGUAGUCUGGACCAAAUAUUGGUUAAACAUAAACCAAAACUUGAACGAGAGAAGAUGGCUGCUGCUCAGCAACCAAGAGAUCAGAUUAGACAAUCCGUAUCUCGUAGAGAAGCAAGGGAGAGAGAGUUGCAAGAGGCAUGGGGAGGCUUGAGCUUGGGGAACUCAAUCCGGCCACAUCUUUCAAAACUUGAAAAGGAUAAGGCUGCCUGGAUUAAAGCUGAAGAAGAGGAAAGAAGGCUCAUGAAGGAGGUGGUGUAACUAUAUUUCAACCUUUGUUACAUUUCACAUGGAGUUUCUGUCUCAUCCUGAUCUGGUCAAUUAAGUCUACAUCUACCUACCGAUUUCAAUUUAAUUGAGAUUGUCAAUACCAUUCAUAUUAGAGUAACCUCCUCAUGCUGUAUAGCUUGAUUUUGCUGUGUGCUUGUUGUACACUUUGUUGAGGCUUGGAUUUUCACACCAGUUAUGUUCAACUCUGCA